AUGAUAACAGUAUUCUUACUGUGUUUAAAUUUGCUUACUCAUCAUCAUCAUCAUUUAAAGCAUGCUGAUCGACGGGAAAUGAAUUUACAAUCUGUCAUUAUUGAACAUAUUCCAUUUAACAUUCAACAACCCAAUAAUCUAGCUGGUUAUCAAACUUUAUCGUCACUUGAAAUUAUACCAUCAAACAUAUCUCAUAUUUAUAAUAAACAUAUUUUGCCGAUUCAGAUACAUCAUAUAUAUUUCUUUGGGGAAGAAAUGAUUAAACCAAUUCCAUUAUAUUGUUCGAACAUAAAACAAUAUUCAAUGUUCAAUGAAAGUUUGAAUUUAUUCACUACCUCUUAUCAUGUUAUCUGGCAUGUUUCAAAAGGUUCCGUUAAUGAAAUAAAAUCAGCUGCCGAUGAAGGUUAUAAAGCAGAAAACGGAAUACUGAAAAUCUAUCCAGAUGAGGCAUAUAAACGAAAGCAUGCUUUAUUUAUAUGUUCGCAUUAUGGAAAUGGAUUGAUAACUAAAACAAUACACCAGUUCAUCUAUCAUGUACCCAAAGUAUGGGACGACGAGGUUCAUCUGAUAGUUCCACGGAUUCGUGAGGCACACAUUCAACUCAAAAAUCUGUCAAAUCCACUACUGAGAAGAAGAAAUAUGAGAAGCCAUGAGAUGCAUUAUUAUCCAUAUUUACAAAAGGAAAAUGAUGAUAUCUUAAAACAAUAUCUUAUGAAUUCAUUAAAACAAAUUUUCAACGGGAUAAAAUGCUUCAUUGAAACAUUGAACAGUACAUCAGAUUCAUCAGAUAAUUAUAGAAUCAAUAAAUAUUCUACAGAGUAUUUUUUCAGUUUCAAAUUAAAAUUUCCACAAGAUGUGUCAAACAUAAAUGGAUCAUCACUAUACAGUAUUAAUUUAAUACCAAUAAGAAAAAUUAAACAAAUGGAAGAUUUGUUGAGAAAUUUUGAAGUGAUUCAAUUACAGUACGUUUACUAUUUAUCAUCAUCAUCAUCAUCAUCAUCAUCAUCAUCAUCAUCAUCAUCAUCAUCAUCAUCACCAUCAUCAUCAUCAUCAUCAUCAUCAUCAUCAUCAUCAUCAUCAUCAUCAUCAUCAUCAUCAUCAUCAUCAUCAUCAUCAUCAUCAUCAUCAUCAUCAUCAUCAUCAUCAUCAUCAUCAUCAUCAUCAUCAUCAUCAUCAUCAUCAUCAUCAUCAUCAUCAUCAUCAUCAUCAUCAUCAUCAUCAUCAUCAUCAUCAUCAUCAUCAUCAUCAUCAUCAUCAUCAUCAUCAUCACCAUCAUCAUCAUCAUCAUCAUCAUCAUCAUCAUCAUCAUCAUCAUCAUCAUCAUCAUCAUCAUCAUCAUCAUCAUCAUCAUCAUCAUCAUCAUCAUCAUCAUCAUCAUCAUCAUCAUCAUCAUCAUCAUCAUCAUCAUCAUCACCAUCAUCAUCAUCAUCAUCAUCAUCAUCAUCAUCAUCAUCAUCAUCAUCAUCAUCAUCAUCAUCAUCAUCAUCAUCAUCAUCAUCAUCAUCAUCAUCAUCAUCAUCAUCAUCAUCAUCAUCAUCAUCAUCAUCAUCAUUGGCGAAAUCCAAAUCUUCUUCUAGGCUCUUUUCAUCUGUCAAACAGCUCGUUUAUUCACCUUUCUCCCCACUUACUAAUUUCUUAAAAUGUAGGGAUCCUGUGAUACAUUAUGAAUUAUUCACACCAUCAUUUUGUGCAGAUUUCAAUCAGUAUACCAGCAAUAGAAUAAGAGGCAUUUAUUCAACUAAACACAAUUUCAGUCUGUGCAAUACUUUCUGUCGCCAAGGCGUGCUGACAAUAAAACAAGAAAAGAAUGAUAUGAAAACUACUGGCGGGAAAUUAUAUUUAAAAAUUAAAAUGAUCAUGGAUAUAUGUAAAUUUUUUCUGAAAUUUGGGGAUUAUUUCAAUGUUUCAAUGAAGUUCAAUUUAUUUUCGAAUAUACCUAACCUUGUCUACAGCGAAAAUUCAAAUGAAGUUACGCUAUUGAUAACAUUUGAUUUAAAGAAACUAAAUAUUAGUGAAUCUUGGAUUCAAACAGUUAGAAUUUUUAAUAAUGAUGUAUACCUAACAAAAAGUGCGGUUAUCUUGAAUCAAACAAUCAAAUUUCUAAAAUGUCGGUGUUACAAUUUGAAUAUUGUUCAACAUCGACAUAUCGGAAAAGUUAUGAUAUUUGACAAUCAACUAAUUCUUCAACAUCCAGAAUAUUAUAAACAACUAAACAAUCAAUUUUGUGAAAGCAGUCAAUCAAUUCAAACAGGGAAAUAA